AUGCAAAAGGAAACUGAAGGGGACCGGGAGAUCAACCCCCAGCAGAUCCCCUGGUUAGUAUGGGCUUCCAAUGUGCCAGGGAGAGCGAAAAAUGCACCUCCUAUAAUAAUUAAACUCAAAGAAGGGAAACAACCAGUUAGGAUCAAGCAGUAUCCUUUGAGAAAAGAGGACAGGGAAGGAAUUAGGCCAGUGAUUGAGAACUUCUUACAAUUAGGAUUACUAAAAGAAUGCCAAUCUGAGUUUAAUACUCCUAUCUUACCCGUUCAGAAACCUGAUGGUUCAUACCGGGUGGUGCAAGAUUUACAGGCUUUUAAUAAGAUAACUGAAGAUCUUUAUCCAGUAGUAGCAAACCCAUAUACUUUAUUAACAUGCUUAACACCAGAGUUUACUUGGUUUACUGUUGUAGACCUGAAAGAUGCCUUCUUUUGCCUCCCUCUCCAUGAAGCCAGUCAGAAAAUUUUUGCAUUUGAAUGGGAAAAUCCUAGAACUGGACGGAGAACUCAACUCACAUGGACAGUACUUCCCCAAGGGUUUAAAAAUUCUCCUACUUUGUUUGGAGAGCAGCUUGCCAAGGACUUAGAGGCCUGGAGCACCCCCCCAGAAGAAGGAAAGCUGCUGCAGUACGUAGACGAUCUUCUAAUAGCCACUAAGACGGAAGAAGCAUGUGUGGCCUGGAUGGUGAGUCUCUUAAACUUUUUGGGACGCCAGGGGUAUAGAGUAUCAAAGAAAAAGGCUCAGGUGGUGAAGCAGAAGGUUAUCUACCUGGGAUACGAAAAACAGGGGAUUGCCCUGGGAAUACUAGCACAGAACCUCGGGCCAUACCGAAGGGCAGUUGCUUACUUCUCUAAGCAGCUGGAUGCAACGGCCAAAGGAUGGCCAGGGUGCCUCAGGGCGGUGGCAGCAGUUGUGAUGAAUAUUCAGGAGGCACGCAAAUUCACCCUGGGCCAGAAAAUGACUGUAUUGGUGUCUCACACAGUAUCUGCAGUAUUGGAGGUAAAAGGGGGGCACUGGCUUUCCCCACAAAAGUUCUUGAAAUACCAAGCUAUUAUGGUGGAACAAGAUGAUGUGGAAAUAGUGGUGACUAAUAUUGUCAACCCAGCUUCUUUUCUCAGUGGAAAUCAAGGAGAACCAGUACACCACGAUUGUUUAGAGACUAUGGAAGCCACCUACUCCAGCCGACCAGACUUGAAAGACACCCCUUUUGAUGAUGCAGAAACCUGGUUUACUGAUGGAAGCAGCUACGUCAUCAGUGGGAAGCGAUAUGCUGGGUAUGCAGUUACCAGCAGUAAAGAGGUACUAGAAUCUGGAUCUUUGCCAACAGAUACCUCUGCACAGAAGGCUGAGAUAGUUGCCCUGAUCCGUGCCUUGGAAAUGGCAAAAGGGAAGAGAAUAAAUAUAUAUAUACAGACUCAAGAUAUGCAUUUGGGGUUGUGCAAGCACAUGGAGCUCUCUGGAAAGAAAAAGGACUGUUAA